GAGGCUAUUAUGGGAUUAGUUUGAUGCACUAGUCCCACCACCUGCUUGUAAAUGUGAUAAGUCAAAAAUCUAUGUGGAUCAUCUAGCAUGUUUGAGGCCGUUUGCUUUUCUGAUGGGAUUGAAUGAAGUAUAUGGUCAUGCUCAUAGUCAGAUCUUAAUGAUGAACCCUCUACCUAGUGUUGGAAAGGCAUAUGCCAUGAUAAUGGGUGAUGAAGGUCAGAGAACCACAGCAAAUCUCCACACAGGAGGGAGCAUUCUAGAGUCAACUGCUUUGUAUGCUGCUGGGAAAGGAAAUCUUCAGAAAAAAUAUCAAGGCAAGAAGAAGAAUUGGGAUAAAAUUUGUGACUACUGUAAAAUUCAAGGCCACAUCAAAGAGGAUUGUUUUAGACUGAUUGGAUACCCUGCUGAUUGGAAAUUUAAGAGGAAAUCAGGACCAAUGGCUAAUCAAGCUCAGGCUCCCAAUCAACAGGACAUGGUGAAUCAUGCAAAUGGUAAUAGCAAUAGAAGUGAGAUGGAAUCAACUGAUGUUUUUGAGCCUGUUAAUCAGGAGAGAAAUAUGUACAACCAAUACAAGCACAUGAUGGACAAACCAGGCCCUAGUUCAGCCAGUACAUCACAUUCCAGAGGAGGCAUUGAUAUGGUGAACAUGGCAGGUAUUGUGGUAGCAGGAGCAGCUGGUGUUAUCCUUGUGACUGUGCUUACUUUUGCUGCCUUGUGUAUUGGCAAGAGGAACUCAACAAGAGUGAAACAUCAGAGGGAACCUUUAACAGUGCUACAGGAAAUGCCAAUGGCUUCUGAUAAUCACGACGACACAGUUGAAGAUGGGAUAUUUUUAGAGAACAGUCGAAUGGAAAAAGUUCUGCAGGCACUUCCUGGGAUGGUUCUGGUACCUGCCGCUAUUGAUCAAGUCCAAGGUCAGGCACUAGCAGCAUUACAAGUUUUAAAGGUUAUUGAGGCUGAUGUCCAACCAGGAGACCUUUGUACUCGACGUGAAUAUGCUCGCUGGUUGGUGAGUGCUAGUAGCGUUCUAUCAAGAACCAAUGCCUCAAAGGUUUACCCUGCAAUGUACAUUGAGAAUGUUACUGAACUUGCCUUUGAUGAUAUUACGCUUGAUGAUCCAGACUUCCCUUCCAUACAAGGCUUGGCUGAAGCAGGCCUAAUUUCGAGCAAGCUCUCAAGACAUGACAAGAAGUCAUCUUCAUAUCCUGACCAAAGCCCCUUCGUCUUCACUCCCGAAAGUCCUUUAUCACGUCAGGAUCUUGUCAGUUGGAAGAUGGCCCUAGAGAAAAGACAGCUUCCAGUAGUUGACCAGAAGUCCCUGCAGAAGGUCUCUGGAUGGAUAGAUACUGACAAGAUUCAUCCAGAUGCAUGGCCAGCACUGGUAGCUGACUUGUCAUCAGGUGAAUGGGGAAUAAUGGCCCUUGCAUUUGGAUAUACAAGACUCUUCCAGCCAUAUAAACCUGUGACAAAAGGUCAAGCCGCUAUUGCCCUAGCAACUGGUGAAGCUUCUGACACCAUUGUUGAGGAACUUUCGCGCAUUGAGGCUGAGUCAAUUGCUGAAAAAGCUGUUGCAUCAUAUAAUUCUCUGGCAGCUCAAGUUGAGAAAGAUGUGAGUGCAAGUUUUGAGAAGGAACUCAUAUUGGAAAAGAAAAGGGUUGAUACAAUGAAGAAGUUGGCUGAGGAGGCAAGGCAAGAGUUGGAAAGCUUGAGAGCUGAGCGGAAAGCAGAGCAUCUUGUAGUUAUGAAGGAACGAGCUGCUGUUGAUUCGGAACUGGAAGUUCUUUCCAGGUUCAGACAUGAGGUAGAGGAACAAUUGCAGAGCCUUAAGAGUGACAAAAUAGAUAUCUCAUAUGAAAAGGAAAGGCUUGGCAAGUUACAUAGAGAUGCAGAAAUUGAAAACCAAGAGAUUGCACGGUUACAAUUUGAGCUUGAGGUUGAAAGGAAAGCAUUAUCCAUAGCUAGAGCUUGGGCUGAAGGUGAGGCUAAAAGAGCUAGAGAGCGAGCAAAAACACUGGAGGCGGCUAGACACCGUUGGCAGAGGCAAGGCAUCAACAAAGUGGUAGUUGACAAUGACAUCCAAGAAGAUUUGAAUAUUGAUGUUACAUGGCUCAGUGCAGGAAAUCAGUCAGUUGAAGAUAGUCUGAAUAGAACUGAAAGUUUGAUGGACAAGCUCAAGGAAAUGGCUGAUACUGUAAGAGCGAAAUCAAAAGAGACAAUUCAUAAAAUAAUGGAAAAGAUACCCUUUGUGAUAUCUGUGUUGAAGGAAUGGGCACAGAAAAGAAGACACAAAUGGCAGAGCUAAAGGAUAACAUCCUCGAAGAUGGGUGGCUCCGUCAACGAGCAAUGCAACAUAGAGCAGUUGAUAUUGGCUCAGGUUUCACGGAUGGAAAGAAACAAUUUUGCUGGAGAUUGCAAGAAAGGAGUAUCACAUAUAUUCAAGAC